CUCCCAAUCUCUUGCUCUCCUCCAUCGCACUUGUUGUCGAAGCCGGUGCUACUCUGACGAGGAGGCUCUAUCGCAUUGAUUGUCUGAUACUGCUUUCAUUGAGCCUCUUCCUGUAAUAGAGUUUGUUGCCCAACUUCUGGGCAAGGAUGUACCCAUUGUCUUAUUCUGAUCGAGUGAAGGUUAAAAAGGCCCUUGGAGGAGUGAAAGUUGAGCAACCCACAGAGGGAAUGUAUGGAGAAAAUACUGUGUUUCAGGAUUGAUAUCUCAACCUACCAGCGUACUAGUGUUGGUUCUUGUUCUUUACUAGGUUGGGUUUUUGGGAAUUUGAAGUUGAUAUUUAACUGAGCUUAAACAAAAUUGUCAAGAGCAAGGUUCAAGUCUAAAGUUUAACAGCAAAUUUACAGCAAACAAAUUAUUUUAAUCUCUUUAAGAACCAGGACAUUAUUUUAAUUGUCAAGAGGAAGCUUCAUUUACUCAUUUCUCUUUGUGCCAAGUUUGUAUUGUAUGCCUUAAUCUUUUGCCAAAGGUUUAUCUCGUAUUUCAGUCUAGGCAUCCAUGUAACAAGUGAU